CAAUUACUCAGAAAUUUUGAGGGAAUACUUUUUGCUGGAGUCUACGCUGUAAGGUCUUCGCUUUCUACGAGCCCAACCAGGUGUUGCAGGAAUCAGCUCGCAGCCGCAAAAUAGCUCGCUGAGAGGCUCAGAGUGCUUACUUUUCCUAUAUUUCACUCACCGCUAUCAUUUACUUGUCCUGAUUCGGUUCCAAUACAUGGCACAAACAUCAGAGCAACACCUUGAAUCCAGAGAAGGCUUUAGAAGAUACGAACAGGGCAAAUUUUAAAGGAAGAAUUACACCCACGUUGAUGUUCACUCAGCUCUUGCUUGUCUGAACUGUUGGUCUGGUGUGUUGUUAUCCUGACGACAAUAUUAACCAUCACAAACAAAACCAGGCAAAUGAAUACGAUGAUCUGCUGUGUAUUCCUCCAGGGCGCAUGCGUAGUGGACACCAGAGCGACUUAUUUCUGCGAGGAGGUAUUUCUCGCAUCACCGGCUACCAUGGCAACGAGUGUAACUAACCUCACCAUAGGGGCGGCGGCUCUGCACAAACCAGCCAACAGACCAUUUUAGGGCCCCAGCCGCCGUGCUGCCCCCCAUGGCCUAGUGCAGGUGGAGCCGGGUGAGGCGGGAGUCACCUGAACUAGUCACACACCGCCGCGUCUCUUCGCCCGCCCUCAGCGCCCCAUGUAACUAGUCCCUUUCAGUUCCCCUUUCCAGCGUCCCUUCAGCGUCCCCUCCCACAGACUCAUGCUGGAGGAGGUCCGCGGGUCGGGAGGGGCGGCGGCCACCCCCUCGUCGUCCUCCCCCGCCCACGCCCCCAGCCCGCGAGCCAUCAAGAGCGGCAUCAGCCAGGCGUGGGCGGCCAAAGGCAACAAUGGGCGUGACACGGGCGGCGGGGUGGGCAUGGGCGUGGCUCCGGGGGCGGUCAGCAUGGCCCACGUCCUAGACUUCCUCCUGACGGCCGCCCAGCUGCACCGCGUCGCCGCCGCCACCACGCAGAAGGUGCGCGCUGGGGGCAAGCUGAUCCGGGGGUCUGGGGUGCAGGAGAGGGCAGGAACCUCCCCCACCCCCGCCUCCAGCACCGCCUCCCUGCCCCCCGCCACGCAGACCUGGGGACGACUCAUCAACAACCCCGCGUCCUCCAUGCAGGAACAGACGCUGGCGCUCCUGCAAGUGGCGCUGCAGGACGGGCUUCUGGACUCUAUUCUCCCUUACAUGGUAUCCUCACUUAACCUCGGGAACACCACGGCCCUCACGCCCACGCCGCCCUCCGCCAAGACCGCUGGGAAGGGCAACGGCAACACCCUCACCCCUGCCUCUCCCACCACCUGCAAGUCGCCGCGGGGGUCAGGGGAGGGGAGCAGCUCCAGGUACUCCCCUACACACUCCCCCAACACCCUCGCCGUCCCCGUGCCGAGAGAGGAGCCGCGUCCCCCACCUCCUGCGCCCCCUACGGUAUACAGAACAACCCCUGACAGAAGCCCCGCCAUCGUCAUCCACGUGUGUGACGAGGCGCGUGGAUUGCGUCAGGACUUCACCUGCCCACGUGACCUCCUCAUCCACCACAUCGGCUACUUCGCGGACGUCACAGCAGGUCAGCGGCUGGAGGACGUGGACAUCUCGGUGCACUGCGACGUGACCAUCUUCGAGUGGCUCCUGCGCUGGGUGAAGCAGGGACAGACCGAGGACCACGUCUCCCCCGUCCUUGAGCCCAAGACCGCCGUGUCCAUCCUAAUCUCGGCGGAGUUCCUUAAGAUGACGCCCUUGGUGGAGGAGGUCCUUCAGUACGUCCACGACAACGUCAACCUCAUCCUCGAGGCUCAGGUCAACCUCACCUGCCUCUCCGACGCCAUACUCUCCAGGCUGGCGCGUCUCUUCACACACUGGGAGCUGGAGGGCGUAAGGGACAGAAGAGACAGGAUCCUCAACAAGCUCUACGCACGCUUCCUCCAGGCCCUGUGUGAGGUGAAUCCGGUGCCAUCACGGGGAAUAUUCAAGACAGCCGGGACGCUCUACAGGUGUUGUGACUGUGGGCAGCUGGUGACGCGGGCAGUGGAGCGCCUCGUCACCUGUGUCGCCGCCAACACCACCGUCACCACCACUGGCCAGGUGUACUACUCUCACACCAGGGACGGGAACUGGAGUCUGACUGAUCACGUGAAACAGCUGAAGGGCGACAUAAAGACCUGGAGGCUGGUGUAUUGGAGACUAUGGGGACAGGUCCACUUUCUGCCGUGCUCCACCUGCGGCGCCGUGUUCCCGGGCUGCGAGAUGCGGAUGUGUCGCACGCACCCCCUCGACGCCUCUGCCUGCGACCUCGACCAGCUCCUGCCCAGCGACACACACCCCUGCUGCGGCGCCCGGGCCCUUCGCUUCUCCCCUCUCCCCGUCAGGAAUGGCUGCCAGCUUACCGAGCACACCGUUCAGUUGAGUCACAGCGGGGAUGAGGAGGUCUGGGGGCCUAUUCCUCACAUCUACGACGACCUCCUUACCUUCCAGCUCCUCAUCUGCCUCGAGCCUCCCCAGCAGCUUGCCCGCGAGAACGAGGACGUGUUGUGGGCCGGGGUUCCUUUAGUUCCGUUCAACAGGGCGGAGCGCAGCCUCCUGGACCGCUCCUGGCUGUCUCAUUACCUGCACGCCGGUGAACGCGAGGGGCAGCCCAGCGGGAAAGCGCCGGCCGGGGAGAGCGCCGCCGUGGCCCCGAGCCAGGGGGUGGUGGUGAACAGCGUGGGCGUGAGCAGCGAGAGUUCGUCGGACGAGGAGGAGGGCGGCGGCCGGGCACGCAUCAGCUCGAGGCUCAAGGCCAACCUCAUCCGGAGGGCCAACCGCGCCCGACGCACCAUCGCCUGCGAGGUGAUGGUGGAGCAGAGUCUGCGCUGGGACGCCGGCAGGUCAACGCGGCACAACCAGGACGCGCAGAGGGAGCGGGAGAGUCGCGUGCUGCGGGAUCUGACGGCGUGGCUGACGCUCGCCGCCCCCAACACCCAGGACGCGGCCCACGGCAAUCAGCGGGGCCACCGCGGCCGCCCGGACCGCCGCAAGGAGUGCACCAGCGGCCCCGACCCCGGCAUCUACUACAGGCUGGAGGCAGAGUUCCGGGAGCGGCACGGCGGGCACUCCCACGGGCACGGCGGGGGCGGCGGCGGCACCUUCAGGGCCAAGGUGCAGGCCAUCUCCAGGAUCAAGCUGCGGCUGAGGCACCGCGCCGCCUUCUCGGCCUCCCGCUAGCACGGCUGCCACAGCCCGCACCUCGACGGGCUGUGGCGGGGAACCUCUCAAUACGAAGCUUAUCCUCGCAGCCUCAGCUCCUCGCGACAGACUUGUUUUCCGCUGACCUCGUGUCUCUUGCUUGGGUGGCGCGCCAGGCCCCGCCCCUGCCCCUCGCUCCUCCCUCCCCUGCCACUUCCGCCACGCAGUGAGGCUGCUAAGAGUUCGAGUUCCUGGAUAUGGGCCGCUAAGGGCAGGCAGGAUGGGUCCCACAUGUAGGGGGCGGCGGAUUACGUGGAUGCAGGGGACUGUGCCGCCGGAAGGGGGAGAAGAGUGGCGUCGGGGGGAUGGGGGAGGGUAGCUGGUCCUGUACUCUCGUCACCUUCCCUGCACACUGGCCGGGCGCCCUUCUCACGAUCUUUGGCCCCCGGGACGCUUAGGGUCUUGUUGUGAAUAUUUAUAAAUGCUCAGUGCUCAAAUUUCUGAAAAGGAUAUAUCGAUUUAUAAAGAAGACAACUAAUUUUCCAUACAAAAUCACUCAGGAAGCUACAAUUUUGGCGCCACGCAUCACACGGCAUUCUGUUCAGCAUGGCAACGCACGGGCACACGGAUGCAGUCAUUAUUAUCAUGUGAAUAACAGUUUUAUAAAUACUUUUACCUUAACUUUUAUAAGUGUUCAUAGACCAAGCAAGAGUCCAAUCAGUACUGCUCAAGAUCCAUGUUGAAGCUAAUCUCAGGUAGAAUUAGGUAAUGAUAUGUUAGGUAAUGAAUGUACUAUAUAGAUUUAGGUAAAC